GUUGAAAUUCUCAGAGAAGAUCUGUAAUAAUAGCAAUCAUGAUGUUCUGCACCCUACUUUUUGCCGCUAUUGCGGUUGCACAGAAUUCUUCCAUGCCAACUUCAACCUCUGUAUAUGAUAUAGGAGUUCCUACCGAAGCUCCUGUGCCAGGACUUUACAACGGGGCUUGGCGUCCCCAAGUUCACUUCUCUCCCCCGAGAAACUUUAUGAACGAUCCCAAUGGUUGUUUUCGGGAUGACAAUGGAACUUGGCAUCUCUAUUAUCAAUACAAUCCAACUGCGACCGUUGCCGGAAAUCAGCACUGGGGUCACGCUACUUCUCAAGAUCUCUACACCUGGGAGAAUCAAGAAAUUGCAAUCUACGCUACCGAAGACAGCCAAAUUUUCAGCGGUAGCGCUGUGAUCGAUGUCAACAACACAUCUGGCUUCUUUCCGAACCAGACAAACGGUGUCGUUGCAAUCUACACUCUGAACACUGAAUAUGAGCAAGUCCAAGAGAUUGCCUACUCUUAUGAUGGUGGCUAUACUUUUGUCAAAUAUGCAGAUAAUCCAGUUCUCGCCUUGGAUCCCAGCUCCAACCAGUUCCGAGACCCCAAAGUGAUCAGAUAUGGCGAUAGCUGGGCCAUGGUACUCGCUUACGCCCAAGAGUUCGUAGUCGGCAUCUUUACCUCUCCAGAUCUCAAGAAUUGGACCCACGCCUCCAAUUUCUCACAUCACGGCUUGCUUGGCCUGCAAUACGAGUGUCCGAACUUGGUCCAAAUGCCUGUUGAAGGUUCGGACGAGGCGAUGUGGGUUCUUGCCAUCUCAAUCAAUCCGGGUGCGCCACUAGGAGGUUCGAUCACCCAGUACUUCCCGGGAGAUUUCAACGGAACGCACUUCACGCCUGUCGAUGGGGCAGCCCGUAUUGCUGAUUUCGGAAAAGACAACUAUGCUGGGCAGUUCUUCUACGGCCUCCCGGAAACUGAAGAGCAAGUCUUUAUAGCUUGGGCUUCGAACUGGGAAUACUCUCAACAAGUCCCGACAGGAGAAAGCGAAGGCUGGCGCAGCUCAAUGAGCGCCCCCCGCCGCACCCACCUCGCAAACGUAACCCGCACAGGUUGGGACAUAGUCUCCGCACCCUACGACCUCUCACCCAUCUACUCCUCCCCCCUCGCCAUCAACUCCAGCCUCGGCAACGGCUCCAUCCUGCUCGACUACUCCACCCUCCCCAGCCGCGCCAUCUACUUCCAAGUGAACGUCUCCAGCAUCCCCAACAACACUUACUCCAAAGGGACCCUAAACUUCACCUUCUCCUCCUCUUCCACGCGAGAAUCAGUCUCCGGAGGCUUUUACUUCGGCGGCGAUAACCCGUUCUGGCUUUCCCGCGCAAAAGUACUGGGUUUCGGAGAAACUAAUCCUUUCUUUACGGAUAAGUUUAGUGUGGGAAAUCCGAUUAAUGCGAAUGGGAUGUUUAUGCUGGAAGGCGUGAUGGACCGGAGUAUUCUUGAGGUGUUCUUGGAUGGUGGGAGGAAUAGCGCGACGAUGACGUUCUUUCCGCUUGGGGAGCUGGAUACGAUGGAGGUGAGAGCUGGAGGAUUGAAUGAACACGUUACGGUCAGUGUUGCGGUUUGGGGGUUGCAAAGUACCUGGCAGAAUCAGGCGAGUGAGGAUGGAGUUGUUUAUGGCAAUGUGACGUCCGGAGGGAACCCGACGCAAGCCACGAAGAGGGAUAUGAGGGUUCACAAUUGAUGAGAUCAGUCUCUGGAAUACAGCAGAUGAUUGAGUGUAAA